GCCACCCGUACACUAGUCAGCCCACUAGUCAGAGCAGGAGAGCACCACCAGCUGACAACCACCGCCGCGUCUCCGCAGCGCGCACGCACACAGGCCGGAGAGGCGGCGCACCCGGCGAGGCAAGCCAAGCGAUCCUUCCCACUCUCAGGCUCCGACCCAGGAGAUCCCGGCGAUCGCGAUGGCGGACCGGCCGGAGGUGGCGGUGGACUCGCGCAGCGGCUACUGCGCCGCGACGCGCACCUUCCGCAGCAAGCGCGCGGACGUCCCGCUCCCCGCCGACGCGGACCUGGACGUGGUCCGGUUCCUCGCGUCCCGCCGCCACGCGGGCGUCGUCGCGCUCAUCGACGCCGCCACGGGCCGCCGGGUCACGUUCCGGGACCUCUGGCGCGCCGUGGAGGGGGCGGCCACCGCGCUCGCCGCGCCGCCGCUGUCGCUCCGCAAGGGCCAGGUCGCGCUCAUCCUCUCCCCGAACUCCAUCCACUUCCCCGUCGCCGCGCUCGCCGCCAUGUCCCUUGGCGCCGUCCUCACCACCGCCAACCCGCUCAACACGCCCGCCGAGAUCGCUAAGCAGGUCGCCGACGCGCGCCCCGUCGUCGCCUUCACCACCCGCGACCUACUCCCCAAGCUCCCUCUCGGCGCCGGCCUCCGCGUCGUGCUCCUCGAGCCCGACCGCCUCGCCUCCGACCCUAGCUCCGUCGUCGCCACUAUCGGGGAGAUCUCCGCCACGCCGCCCGACCCUGCGCGCCGCGGGGACCGCCGCGUCACGCAGGACGAUCCGGCCACGCUGCUCUACUCCUCGGGCACCACGGGCCCCAGCAAGGGCGUCGUCGCCACGCACCGGAGCCUCAUCUCCAUGGUGCAGAUCAUCAUGACGCGCUUCCGCCUCGAGGGCUCUGACAAGACCGAGACCUUCCUCUGCACGGUGCCCAUGUUCCACGUCUACGGCCUUGUCGCCUUCGCCACGGGGCUGCUCGGCUGCGGCGCCACCAUCGUCGUGCUCUCCAAGUACGAGCUCCCCGAGAUGCUGCGCUCCAUCAAUGAAUACGGGGUCACCUACCUCCCGCUCGUGCCGCCCAUCCUCGUCGCCAUGCUGGCGCACCCCAAGCCGCUGCCGCUCGGGAACCUGCGCAAGGUGCUCUCCGGCGGAGCGCCGCUGAGCAAGGAGCUCAUCGAGGGGUUCAAGGAGAAGUACCCGCAGGUGGAGAUCCUGCAGGGGUACGGGCUUACGGAGAGCACGGCUAUCGGCGCGUCCACGGACUCUGCCGAGGAGAGCCGUCGGUACGGCACGGCUGGGCUGCUGUCACCCAACACCGAGGCUAAGAUCGUCGACCCGGAGACCGGCGAGGCACUGCCGGUGAACCGCACCGGCGAGCUCUGGAUCCGGGGGCCAUACGUCAUGAAAGGGUAUUUCAAGAACACGGAGGCAACACAGUCAACAUUGACACCUGAUGGAUGGCUCAAGACUGGGGAUCUCUGCUACAUAGACGAAGAUGGGUAUCUCUUUGUGGUGGAUCGUCUGAAGGAGUUGAUCAAAUACAAAGGGUAUCAGGUGCCUCCGGCAGAGUUGGAAGCUCUUUUGCUAACACACUCAGAAAUCCAAGAUGUCGCCGUUAUACCGUUUCCUGAUCGGGAGGUCGGCCAGUUCCCAAUGGCCUACGUAGUGAGGAAGAAGGGGAGCAAUUUGUCAGAGCGCGAGGUGAUGGAGUUUGUGGCCAAACAGGUAGCGCCUUAUAAGAAGGUUAGAAAGGUGGCGUUUGUGACAGAAAUUCCCAAGAACGCGUCCGGCAAGAUACUGAGGAAGGAUCUCAUCAAGCUCGCCACAUCCAAAUCCAAACUAUGAAAAUGUCCGAGUUUACUGUUGUCAUCCACGAGCAGGGAGCCAUUCUCUACGCUGCCCCAAUAUUGUAGAAUGCUCGUAAUUUGAGGAUCCUAUCGGCUGUGUGGACCUGUAUAGACUGUUCUCAUACGAGAUUUGGAAGGAAUAAUAGUGCGUCUGUACCUUCUUUUUAAGAGAAAGGAGUUUCCUCUGCUUUUAAGAAAGCUGUAAAGUUUACUAGUGCAUCUGUACUAGGCUUGAAUAAUUAGCAUAGGAAAUAAUUUUUUUCCGAUAAUUUUCAGUGUUAUAUCACAAGAAUUUUUAUUUUCA